AGAACAUCCGUAGCUAUUCUGCAUCUCAGCAGGAGACCUUGCCAGCCGAUACGGAUCUCGCCACCGGAAAGAACGACAGAGUUGGAAAUGGAAUGGGUGCUCAGGGGACAUUUGUUAAUGUGAUUCCAGUUACCUCAAGUGAGACCCUGCAUGCAACGUCUUCAGUAAAGUCUUGUCACGGAAACUUAAAUAAGAAGCAUCCAAAACGACGGCGGUCGUCUGCAUCUUAUACUCUCUACCUGCCGGCUAGUCGACCAUUAUUCCCAAAUUACGCUGACGGAAGAUCGCGUAGCAAACACAACAAAAAGAAAUACAAACUUCUCAUUUUAUGGCCUCUUCCUAUAAUAACUCGUUAUAUAAUCCUUCUUUCCAUUCUAAUAUCGAUGCUCAACUGGACCGGGUUUAUCUCGUUGAAAUGUUCGGCACCAUCGUUUGUCAUUCAUCGAUUGGAGAUUGAAAACUUACUACUAUCUCCGUUCCUGUUUUCCUUGCAAAUGUCAAAUGUAUUAUUAGCAGCAUCUAAUUUAUUGACUUUGGGUCUAUUCGAGGAAUCGUUGACUUCGAUGCUCGGAGGAACGAAAAAGUUUUUGGGUACAACCACUAGUUUAAUGCUUGGUGUUUGUGUACUGAGACAGGCAAUUGGGUUUAUUUUCUCAAGGUCGACCGGUUGGUCAAUACCUAGUUUGUUCUUUAGCGAUUCGUUACACGAGUGCAAUCAAGGCAUUGCGCCAUUCUUAUUCUCUUUGCUGGUUCUUCAGUCGCUUAGUAUCGACGAUAAAUACAUCCUUUACUAUGGUGAUAAAAGACACACAAAAAUAACGUUGCGAAAAAUAACGCUCCAGCUUUUCAUGUGCAUGCUCAAUUAUACUCAGAAGAACAUUCUAUGGUGGUCAGUCACUGGUCUUCUCACCGGUCUCAUCGGCACAAUCGCCAUUCACACAACACAGACAAGAGAGACACCGAAUUAUGACAAUGCUUUCGAUCGUCUCCUUCCCAUGUAUAAAAUUUCCAAUUACGGAAAAAGUACAGGAGGCGUUUUAAAACGAACAUGGUCGGGAUUCAAAAAAAGUUCCAUUAUCUUGUUGGUCACUUUCGCGAUACUAUUAUUUUGCAAUUUCUGUUACACUCGCCCACACUUUGUUCAACCAGCAGCACUCAAUGAAAUUGAAAUUGGCAAAAAGGAUAGAUAUCUCUUAUCUUUCCUUGUGAUGACAGCGCCUCGGCCCGGAGAUCCGGAUUAUCUCAUUAGGACUAUUGAUUCAUAUCUUAAUAAUUUUGAGAGCGAUCCGUCCAUGGAUUCUUUCUAUACUCGUACGCAGAUGAUAAUAUAUACUCAUUUCAGCAAUCACACCGUCUUUGAUCAGGCAAAGAAGAAAUAUUCGACUGAUUUGAAGGCACAGAGAUACUUGAAAUGGGUACAAGAAGAUGGGUACGAGUUGAAUCAGCGACUACACGUCUCCAAGGCAAUGAAAUUGGUUGCCGAGAAUUUCAAGACCACCUAUGUUGCACUUGUGGAGGACGAUUUCCCGUUAUGUGAAGACAAAUGGGCAGAGUUGCUUACUGUUGUGUAUGAAGCUAAUGUGAAAUCACCGGAUCAUUGUGGCGUGUUUGUUGGAACCGGUGGAAGUGGCCUGAUAAUGAAGCGGAAACAAGCGCUUAUUUCUUCAGAUUUGUUGUUACAAGAAAUCCUUACUCCGCCCGACAUUAUACUUCAAAAUUGUCUUUUGGGUACAGGAAAAGGCUGUGAAGAGUGUUCGCAAACACUUGUCACAUCGAAAACUUUAUUAAUGUAUCAUUUGGGAUAUAAUACAUCAACAAGCCCAGACCGUAUAUAUCAAAAGAAUGAAUUCCAGUGCGGUUGGCGGCAUCCCUUUAAUGGUGAUCCGAGA